AUGAAAGAGCCACGGCCCCAGAGUCAGGGCAAAGGAGAAUACGAAACACUGGUGAUAAAUAACCUCGAAGAGAAGAAUGUCGCUAAUCAAAAAGAAGAAGAAUUGAAGCUUCUGAAUUCGACGCCAGAGCUGAAACCUAGUGAUGGGGAUAGUAUCGAUGCAGAAGGCAGUAGUUUUACACACGAGAUGCCAAAAUCUCCUGUUUUAUCGUCGUCGGACUCGUUGAUGAACAUCACACCAUGUACGUCUAACGGAAAUGAAAUUGACGACUUCGUGAUAUAUUCAGAUUCAGACGGAGCGUCACAGAAUUCGUUCGAUUUGUUACAGAACAAAGGAACCAAUUCCGUAAUCAUGGAAAGAGAAGUUAGGGACGAACGUUCAAAAUCUACCGACAGCGACCGAGCCAAGCGUGACAGAACUAGUGUCAGAAGAAAUAGCACCGAAUCAACACCCAGCCCCAAGCCCAGGAGGCGAAUAAGGAGGAGGUCUAAUAAGUCAGAUGCGAGUGAUAGGUCACAUCGUUCGUCGCUGAAAAAUGGUGCAUAUCCAACUGGUAGUGGAUACACCCUGACGCCAGCCACCGGGAAGAUAUUUCGUAAUUUAUUGAUUCUCGAAGAAAGCUUGCGGGAACAAGUUAUCCAGCAGAGAGCAAUGAGGAGAAAGUAUUUGACCUUUUUGUCUAUAUUGUGCUCUAUCAUCGCAUCAUUAACGCAUCAUUUGUACUUGAUGGACUCUCCAGUAAACGGGACCGUUCGUGUCAUCUUGCAAUUUACUUUGCUUGCCUUGCUAGUAACAUUAAUGCUAUACCACCUCUCAGGUGAAUACCAGAAGACUAUUGUGUUACCAAGAAAGUUUUUGUCAUCUACGAACAAAGGAUUGCGCCAGCUCAACGUGAGACUCGUCAAAAUCAAGACCCCAUUGACAGAUUCAAUUACCGACUUAAUUCGAGAGUUUGUCUUGUUCAAUGCAACAGUGUGUCGUAAUGCUUUGCAUAAUGUGUAUCCAUCUACAAAAAAUAAUAGGAAAUCGAAAUUGGAAGUGUUCUUAGCAUCGUGUCAGCUGCAAUGUCAGCCAAGAAUCGGGGUUGCGGACGUCAAGUUAAUCUUAAAUGCAAGAGUUUUCAAUACAGAUGUUAGGGAGGGCUGGGAAUUAUACAGAAGUGAAUUCUGGGCGCACGAAGGAGUCAGGAGGCGAGAAAAUAUGAUGUCCUUUGUGACUGAAAAAUAUAGGGAGGAAGUGCUUGAUAGAGGUAAGCUAUUAAAGAAGGACAGAAAGGAAAGAAGAUAUAGAAGAAAAUCCAGUGUAAAUGCCACUUCCAACAAACUCAAUGAACAGAAUUUGAAUCAGUUGGAUGGUUCUUCUGAAAAUGUACUAUUGUCACCAUAUCAUUCUGGAAUGAAUAGCGUAGACAGCUAUGAAGCUAGUGACCACUAA